GUCUCUCAAUUCCAUCUCUAUAUAUCCGUCCAUGCAACAUUGCAACCACACUACAAACACUCUCUCUAUCUCUAAUGGACAAGAUGAAUUUUGUUAGAGAUGGAGGGAGAAAAUUGCCUCCUGGAUUUAGGUUUGAGCCUACGGAAGAAGAGAUCGUGUUCCAGUACUUGUCGCGUAAAACAUUCUCACAUCCUCUCCCGGCUCUUGUCAUUCCAGAAAUCGACGUUUUUAGUCUGGAUCCAUGGCAUCUUGCAGGUGAUUCGGAUUCGGAGGAGGAUAUGUAUUUCUUCAGUAAUGCUCAUGGGUGCGAAGAUGAGAGUGGGAGAGUAACACCUUCGGGUGUUUGGAAGGUGAAUGGAUCGUCUAAACAGAUCGCUAAUUCUUCGAAAAGAAUGCCAAUAGUUGGGACUAAGAAAUCUCUGGUUUUCUACAUGAGAUCAAGCACCAAGAAUGUUGCAACUCAUUGGAUCAUGCAUCAAUACUGCAUUGCCCUUCCACAACAGGAACAGAAUAAUUGUUUGGUUCGAAUUGGAGAGUGGAGUUUGUGCCGUAUAUUUAUGAAGAAAGGAGGCAGGCAAGUUGAGGGUGAUGAUGAUGAAGCAGAUUCUUAUUCUGCUUCAUCAUCUUCUCCCAAUUAUGAUUCUACUAUUUUCAAUGAGGUCUCUUCAUCACAUAAUUAUUAAGAAAGUUUACCGUUUUGUAAUGUGCUGCAACUUUAGACUAGCAAAAAAUAGCACUAGAGGAAAAGGUGGUCUCAUCUGAUUGAGCUGUGUCUGUGUAAAGCUUCAUUUAAUUAUUUGCAUUGACUAGCAAGUCAAGUUACACAAGCAAUCAAAUUUAUUUUAAUAUAUUUCCAUCAGUAUUAGUGGUUUGAUGAUAAUGCGGUAUUGUUAUAUGAUAUCCGAUUUGGUUCUUCGGCUAGAGCGUUACUAUUAAUUUACUAGAGUUGCAACCA